UGAUGCUGGAAGUGUUUGCUCUUGUCUCAUCUGCAGGUUGUUGGCAUAAAACGGGUGAUGUGGAGGCCUGUUCUGAGCAGAGUGUAUCUGUACAAGGGGAGUCAAAGGUUAGUGCUUCUAAGACAGCUCCAGCAACCCAGAGAACCCUGCACUGUGGGAGGUGUUUCUCAGUGUUCAAAGAUAUUCUGCACCUGACUGAGUCACAAGCAGCAGACUUUGAGCAAAAAGCCUUCUUCAGGGACGCAUGUGUGAGAGACUUCUGUUUCAGUGCAAACCCUCACCUGAAACAGAGGGAAGCCAGUGGAGAGAAGCCCUGGAAAGGAGCUGUGGACAGGGCCUCAUUUGUGACCAGGUGCAGCUUCUACUUAUCAGGGCUGCCUUCAACCAAUAAGGAGGUUGGGAAAGACUUCCCAGCCAUCUCAGAGUUUCUCCUGCCCCAGGCCCCUCUCCACACUGAGGAGCCACACAGUCCUAGUGAGAUUUCACAGGAAUUUCUGAAAAGAAAAAGGAAUCACCAGUGGGAUGAUAGUGAAAAAGCUGCCAGCCACAACCAGAACCUUGUUCAACGUCAGGGCGUCUGCUCUGGGGAAGAGAAAUAUGAGUGUGAUACAUGUGGGAAACUUUUUACAUGUAUCUUCAACCUCAAUAGACAUAGGAGAGUUCACACUGAAGAAAAGUCCUAUGAAUGCACUGACUGUGGGAAGCUUUUCAAUCAUAGGUCUUCCCUGACUAAACACCGCAGAGUUCACACUGGAGAAAAACCAUAUGAGUGCAGUGAAUGUGGGAAGCUGUACAAUGACAGGUCUUCACUCAAAAAACACCGCAGACUUCACACUGGAGAAAAACCAUAUGAGUGCAGUGAAUGUGGGAAGUCCUUCAAUGAAAGGUCUCACCUCACUAAACACCGCAGAGUUCACACUGGAGAAAAACCUUACAAAUGUAGUGAAUGUGGAAAAUCAUUUAGGUGUAGUUAUGACCUCUCUGCCCAUAAGAGAAUUCACACUGGAGAAAAGCCUUAUAAAUGUAAUGAAUGUGGUAAAUCAUUUAGCCGCAGUUAUGUCCUCUUGAUCCACCAGAGAGUUCACACUAGGGAAAAGCCCUAUCAAUGUAGUGAUUGUGGGAAGUCCUUCAGUCAAUACUCUAACCUCUUUAACCACCACAAAAUUCACACUGGAGAAAAACCUCAUAAGUGUAGUGAUUGUGGGAAGUCCUUCCGUCACAGGUAUUCCCUCAGUAAACACAACAAAGUUCACACUGGACAAAAACCAUAUAAGUGUAGUGAAUGUGGUAAAUGUUUUAAGGAAAAUACCCAUCUCCUUAUCCACAAGAGAGUUCACACCGGAGAAAAGCCCCAUCAAUGUAGUGAUUGUGGGAAGUGCUUCCGGCAAAGAUCUAACCUCAUUCAGCACCUACGCUUUCAGAAACCACAUCCCACUUGCUAA